AUGCCCCUCAUACCUAUUCACGUACCCCUUCUCCAGCUGCUCGACGAACUUUACCAGGCUCUUGGGGAAAGCGUCGAGCACGGGGUACGCGGGGUUGGCGAAGCCUGUGGAGUGGAGUGCUUGGACGGACGUCGUGAGAUUUUGCAGCAUUCCGGGGACGCGGUGGUCGAAGUGUUUUUGGUCGCGCAGGUGGGAGAGGAGGGUGGAGAGAGCGGUGUGGAUGGUGGAGAGUUGGGAGGGGUAUUGGGAGUUGGGGAGAUGUUUGGGGAGGUCGACAAAUACAUAUUGGAAAAUAUCGUAAAGAUAAUCUUUUAA